AACGUAUGUAAAAUUGCUCAGCUAAAAUUUAAACAUUUAAAUAAUUAUUUUUUAAAUUAUUAUUUUCUAAAGUAGAUAAGUCAUUGUCAUGUAUUUACAAACUAUACUAAUUUUUUGUUCAGUAUGUUUUUUUACCGGCACAGUGAGCCAAGGACUUAAUGCACGUCAAAUAUAUCUCUAUCAUGAAUUGAUAUGGACAUAUGAUAUUGAUGUAAUAGAACAUGCUUUAAAAUGUAAUGGUAUCAAUUCGAAGUCAAUCAAUGAGAUCUGCGAUAGGUAUAAAAAAAGUAGAGCUAAAUGUUUUUGCUUCGAUGAGAAGCUAAAAGUUUCAGCCGUACAACUCAACAUGAUUCUGAAUUUAUUGGUUCAAGUUAACAAGUGGGGUGAUGAAAGAAAUGUGGAAAAAUUGUGUACAGAAGAGGUUGAAAAAUUCUCAAUUGAAUUCGAUAAUCUUGACUUAGACAAUAAUGGUCGUUUAAAUAAAGAAGAAUACAACAAUUUAAUUGAUUAUUUAAUUGAAAAAGAAUUAAAAGUGGACGAGGAUAACAAAAUUAAUCCUAAAGGGUCUGUGGAUGUUUUUGAGAUGGAUAUUAUUGACGAAAACAAAAAUUAUUUCGAUUUAAGUGAUGUUUUGUUAAAAGUAAUACAGUACAAGGCAUACUAUAAUGGAACAACAUUUGUUGAAUGUAAUAUUUGGUAUAUCGUUCAAGCUAUAUUAUAUAACAUUUCAAAUUUUAAUGAACCGAAAUCAUUUAAACAUAUUCUCAGUGAUUAAAUAUAAAAGUAUUAUUUUGUUUAAAUUUUCAAAAACUCAUGUUUUUUUUCUUUCAAAUAUUUUAAAAUUAUAAAAAGAUGUAAUUUCUACAUCCAAUUAUUUUA